GGGCUUUGAUGUAUUUUACCAUAUAGGUGAAGGUUGAUUAAUUACUCUAAUAGUUAAAAAUUAUAUUUUGUUAUUAAUUAACUCUUCAUCAAUAUGGUUCUUAACUUUCGAUAUUUCGUAGUGUUUAUGUUAAUAAUUUCUGUUUCAAUUUCCCAAGAUACAUCCGGUUAUGGAGAUCCAGAAACUUGGCCUGAAUUGUACAAAACUUGUGGUGGAGAAAAUCAAUCUCCCAUAGCGUUACCAUUACCAUGUGACGCCGAUUUCAAAAUAAAUUUUCCACCAUUUAAAUUUAGCAAAUCAUCCUACGAAGUACCUCAAAAUGUAACAGUAACAAGAGAAAGUUAUACAGUCAAAGUUGAAUUUGCAAAUUCAUAUAAAAUUAGAGUAACAGGUUUACAAAAAGAUACUUAUUACGUCUUAACCCAAGUUCAUUUCCAUUGGGGCGAUAAUAAUUUAAUCGGAAGUGAACACUCAAUGAACGGCAGUUUUUACUCAAUGGAAAUCCACGCAGUAUUUUAUAACGCUUAUUAUGGUAGCUUUACUGAUGCCCAAACAAAACCAGAUGGUUUAAUGGUUUUUACUUAUUUCGCAAAGGUUGUUCCAAAAACGUCAACUUCUCAAUCAAGUACAAUGGAUUCAAUUGCAAAUGCAAUUAAGUUACUUACACAAAGAGAUAUUACGAAGGUAAAAGUUAAAAAGCCGUUCUCUUUUGCUAAGUUUUUCCCGAUUCUGCAAGAUAAUUACGUUGCUUACCAUGGAUCUUUAACAACUCCGCCUUGCUACGAAAGUGUUACCUUUAUUGUUUUUGAAAAACCACUAGAAAUAUCCGCUGAAAAUAUGGCAGCAUUUCGAGGAUUAUAUGCCGUUGAACCUGGAACACGUAAUAAUUUUAGACUUUUACAACCGCGUAACGGUAGAAAAAUUACUGGAAAAUGUAAAUGUACAUAAAUAUUAAAAGAAACAUUAUAAAUGAUAUUUUCUUGUAUUACUUGAAAUGUUCUUGUAAAUUAAAUGCAUUAAAAGUGAGCAUAUUUAAAACGUUA